GGUGGGGACAAGGUGGAGGAAGGGCUACGGGAGGAGGAGCUGGCGCGCGUCGCGACCCGCCCCGUCCCGUCCAGUCUGGCCUGGGCGCUGAAGGAACUGCGGUCCUAGCCGCUGCCACCCAACAGCCGGUCCUGGGUGUCCCGUGACCUGCGCCCAUCCAGUCAUGACCCUGCGCCCCUCACUUCUCCCGCUCCGUGUGCUGCUGCUGCUGCCGCUGCUGCUCAGUGGGGCGGUGUGCCGGGCUGACGCUGGGUUCGAAACCGAAAGUCCCGUCCGGACCCUCCAAGUAGAGACCCUGGUGGAGCCCCCGGAACCGUGUGCUGAGCCUGCUGCCUUUGGAGACACGCUUCACAUACACUACUCGGGCAGCUUGGUAGAUGGACGCAUCUUUGACACUUCUCUGACCAGAGAUCCUCUGGUUAUAGAACUUGGCCAAAAGCAGGUGAUACCAGGUCUGGAGCAGAGCCUUCUAGACAUGUGUGUGGGAGAGAAGCGAAGGGUAAUCGUUCCUUCUCACUUGGCCUAUGGAAAACGGGGAUUUCCGCCAUCUAUCCCAGCGGAUGCAGAGCUGCAUUUUGACGUGGAGCUCAUUGCACUGAUCCGAGCCAACUACUGGCAAAAGCUGGUGAAGGGCAUUUUGCCUCUGGUAGGCAUGGCCAUGGUGCCAACCCUCCUGGGCCUCAUUGGGUAUCACCUAUACAAAAAGGCCAGCAGACCUAAAGUCUCCAAAAAGAAGCUCAAGGAAGAGAAAAGAAACAAGAGCAAAAAGAAAUAAAAAAUAAUUUUUUAAAAUCUUUGCACUUUUCACCGGAUACUUUCUGCUGCUACCUUUCUCUUCUCGUCCUUUGCCUUUAGAGUCUCGAAGGCGAUCUUUCGAUCCUCUGUGGCAUCAGUGUAAUUCUUGAGUGCAUCCUGGAACCUUCUCCACAGAUCUUCUACUGUAUGCUCCAGUUGCAGUCUUAGAAAGUGCUUCUCUUCUAAAUUCUGGGAAGUGGCCCCAAAAUAGCCAGUGCUUGGAAUUACCCUAUUAGCACCCUUUCACUUCCACCAGCAACCUCCCCCUCUUGAACUGUUUGUAGCACAGCGUGGUGCAGAGGUUGCCAGUGAAAAUGCCUACAAACCAGGCAGAUGAUAUAAAUAAGCGCUGUGGGCUAGCUGGGGCCUGUGGCGAACCAGAGAGGAAAUGCUCCAUUGGUCUGUGUUUGGGGGGGUGGGAGCACAGCUGCUCAGCUUCACAUGAAUGUCUCCAUUUGGAAUGUGGCCCAGUGUUACCAGAUCUUUACAUUUUUCAAGGGAAGCUGAAAAUUUGGAUUUUUAUGUGAAAUCUUCCAAUUUUUAAAUGUAGAGAGCUUAUAAAAAUUUUUAAUGAAACGUUAUGAGGCAAAAUAAAAACAAAGCGGGGGCUUCCCUGGUGGCACAGUGGUUAAGACUCCACCUGCCAAUGCAGGGGACACGGGUUCGAGCCCUGGUCCGGGAGGAUCCCGCAUGCCGCGGAGCAACUACGCCCGUGCGCCACAACUACUGAGCCUGUGCUCUAGAGCCCGCGAGCCACAACAACUGAGCCUGCGUGCCACAACUACUGAAGCCCCCAUGCCUAGAGCCCAUGCUCUGCAACAAGAGAAGGCAACGUGAUGAGAAGCCCAGCACCACAACGAAGAGUAGUCCCCACUCACCGCAACUAGAGAAAGCCUGUGCACAGCAACGAAGACCCAACGCGGCCAAAAAGAAGCAAAGGGCCCCACCCCCCAAAUCCAGGUCUGCAGGCUGGCUAAGUCUGCAGCCUCCAGGGUGGUGGAAGCUCUUGGGGCCAAGGGACAGGAGAACUGGACUCUCCCCCUGGCUCUACCACAGACCAGCAGCAUGACUUUGGCAGGUCAUUUCACUUCUUUGGGUCUUAAUUUCUUCAUCUACAAAUCACAGAGGAGAAGCCAGACAAUCUCCUUGGUGUGCGUUAGCUCUAAAAUGCACUUCCUUGACAUUUCAGAAUGGUUCCCCCUCCCCACCAAUUUUCACAAAAUUACAAAAAGCAGUAGGGGUACCUACAGCGGCAACAGGCAUUUUAUUGGCCAUGUUGGUUAAAGGGAUCUCUUCUAGCUCUACUAGCCUUGAGCGAUUUUCUCUCACUUUCUCCCAGUUCCUGCCCUUCUGCUCUCCCUCUGUACCUUGUUUUUGAGAUCUUCCCACAUGCUCUGGAACUCCAGCUUGCUUUCGUACUCAGAAUCUAGGCAGUUCUGCUCCAUGGCCACGAAGACAUCUUGUAGGUAGUGAAUCUCUUUUUCAUGUUGGUCAAUAAUUGUCUUCCUGUAGGAGAUAAGAUACCGUCUCUGCUCUGAGGCAUAAAGCAUAGGGAUCAAUAAUGACAAUGCAAAGCAGUAUGUAAUAAAACUAUAUGAACGGUACAAACUCUUAGGUACUGAAGAAGGACAGAGGGAAGGCGGGUUCUAUUCUUUUCAGGGCCAGAAAGAAUGAAUAAGAUUAUUUUGAUUUUUGAAUAGGUAAUACAUUCAUAUGAUACAAAAAUCAAAAAGUACAAAAGGUUGCAGUGAAAAGUCUCCUUCCCAUCCCUGUCCCCCAGAGAGGUAGAUGCGUAGGAUUUUGAUAGUUGAAAGUGGGUGGCUGCUUACAGCCAGCAUCUUGACAUAGGCUCUAGCUAGUCCCCUGGGCUCAACCCCCCCAUAUCUCCUCUUAGGUCCCCAUACCUUUCUGUCUCAAACUCCUUGGUUAGGGCCUCCAGCUCCACGUUGUAACUUUCCUCUAGGAGGCUGAGCCGGCGUCUCUGCAGGGCCAAGAGCUGGUCAAUGUUGUGCAAGUGGCUGCGCAGCGCGUGGGCGUACUGCUCCUCAGCUUCUGACAGGUCCUUCACUAACGACUGGGUAGGAAACACAGAGUUACCAUUUUGGCUGAAUGGCAUCUCUGUGAGAAAAUAAAAAUGUAUUCGGCUAGCUAGUUCCUAUUUUCCCUAGUCUCUAAAGCCAAUUCUUUGGCCCUGGGAGCUCUGGCUCUGCCACUUGUGAAUGUGAGAAGCCAGUGCUGGUGAAGGGGCCAUGUGGAAGCAUUCAUUCCAGUCAACGGCCCAGCUGAGCUCCCAGCGGAUAGUCAGAAUCAACUGUCAGUCAUCUUACACAUCCAGCUCAGUCAAGCCUUCAGAUGACUGCAGCCCCACAUGACAUCUGACUGAAAACCGUACGAGAGAUGUCAGGCAGGAGCCUCCCUGGUAAGCUAAGUCAACCUGCAGAACCACGAGACAGAGUGAAGUAAAUUGUUGUCGUAAGUUGCUAAUUUAGGGUGGUUUGUGAUGUAGCAAUAAAAAAUGAGAACAUGUCCACUAGAAAAAAAAGGGACCGUGUGAGCAUCAAUAUGGAUAAGAACUGCAAUGGAUCAAAACAUAUCAAAUAUGUUUGAUUAUGAGUUUAUCAGGAUACUUUUAAAAAAAAUCAGUUACCAUUAGAGGAUGCCAGACAACCGAUUCUUUUUUUUUUUUUAAACUGGUUUGUAAAGGGAAGAGAAAGAGCAUUUCUUAUAUAACCUAUAGUGUAUAUAAGCAUUUCUUAUAUAAAGUAUACCUCUGGGUAACUGAAUGGUAAA